UGUAAAAUGGCCGAUUGAAAUGAAAAGAGUUUUUUUAACAUUUUCUCCAACAUCUUUAAAAUUAGGAUACAUAAAGACUCAGUUAAGUGAUAGUAUUAUAAACAACUACCCAAUUUUCGAAUGUGGGUGCAGAAAUAAGUGCCGAUUGGUGUUGAUGUUGCCAUAAUCUUAAAUUUGAGGUUACUUCCGGUUUUCGUUUUGUGUUUUGCAGUGGUGAACAUGAAAAAUAGACGAAUUACACGAUAAUACAACUGACAACAAUAACAGUAGUGAAUAGGGAUAAAUAAGAAAUAAAAUUGAAAUAAAUUCAGCAUUGAAAAUGGAUGAGGAAGCACCAAUUGCACAUGCAUCAAGCCCAAGCCCUGCUGCCACUACCAGUGAUCUCCCAGUUCAAAGCUCAAGUGUACUAAAUUCAACAAGUAUUGGUGAUGGACACUUACCAACAUUAAAACGGACUAUAAUUCCAUCAAGACAUCGUGUUUUACACAAAGCAUCAUCUUUGCCUUCUUCCUUGGGUGUUCCUACACGCAGGAGUUCCUCAAGAGCUAUUAAAAGAAAGAAGUUUGAUGAUGAGGUGGUUGAAAGUAGCUUGAUCAAGACAGAAAAGUUAAAGUUAAAAUUGCCGUCAGAUAUCAAGCUUGAACCUGUACCUGUAGUUGAACCAAUUGCUCCAGUGCCAGUUAUACCUCCUCCAGAAAAGAAGAAAGUAAAAAUGGCUGUAAUCAAGCCAGCUACAAAAAGGAUGAAAAAGCCAAAGGCACCUGUACCUGCUUCAACUAAGGACUUGGGGCGAUGGAAAGCACAGGAUGAUCUGUUAUUAAUUAAUGCAGUUCAACAGACAAAUGAUUUGACAGCCGUACAUUUAGGAGUGAAGUUUACCUGUAGAUUUACAUUAAAGGAGAUACAAGAACGAUGGUAUGCCUUACUCUAUGACCCUGUUAUAUCAAAAUUGUCAGUGACAGCUAUGAAACAGCUACACCCUGAUGUUGCUGCUGCUGUCCAUGCAAAAGCGCUCUUCAGUAAGGAGGAGGAAACAUUGCUAGGAAAAAUUACAUCAACAAGCCAACCUCAAAUGGAAGUUUUCAACGACUUGUUGUCUAAGCACAGUUCAGUAUUUCAUCCCAUGAGAACAGGCAAGGUGCUACAUAAUCACUGGUUGCUCAUGAAACAGUACCACCUUCUACCAGAUCAGUCAGUUCAACCAAUGCCCAGGGGAGAUCAUGUGUUGAACUUCUCAGAUGCGGAAGAUAUGGUGAAUGAUGAAGAUCUUAGGGAAACUACAGACUCUUCCCUUGAACAUGAAUUAUCUGUUGCUGAUCGUCGGCAGAAACGGGAAAUUCGACAUCUAGAACAGGAACUACCAAAAUGGCAGGUUUUAGUAGACAGCGUAACAGGUAUAAGUCCCCCAGACUUUGACAACCAAACUCUUGCCGUUCUCCGUGGUAGAUUGGUGAGAUACCUGAUGAGAUCUAGAGAGAUUACAUUGGGUAGAACUACAAAAGAUAAUCAAAUAGAUGUAGAUCUGUCACUAGAGGGCCCUGCCUGUAAAAUCUCUCGUCGUCAAGGUGUCAUAAAAUUACGAAAUAAUGGUGACUUUUUCAUAGCUAAUGAGGGAAAGCGGCCAUUGUACAUCGAUGGUAAACCUGUACUUGUAGGGAACAAACAGAGACUGAACAAUAAUUCUGUAGUAGAGAUCUCAUGCCUGAAGUUUAUAUUCCUGAUUAACACAGACCUUAUAAAUGUUAUUCGAUCGGAAGCACAGAAAACUUGAUAGUGAAAAAUAUUGGACAAUGGAGGAUAACUCCCUGGUGCCUCAGACAGCAGAGGUUUUUUUCCCAGGUGCUCUUGAUUUCAGUGAUAUGAUCAAUGAAGGGGGGCUUUAUCCAAAUGCAGGACAGCUUAAGGAGAGCAUUACCUCAUCUGCGAUCAUGACAUGCUUUAGUGUAUUUUCUAUACUUGACACAUUAUGAAAACUGAACAGUAUUUUGCUAAUUUAGUAACAAUUUAGUAACAAAAUCUAUUUUAAAAUGCAGUGAAAUUCAACAGAUGUUCAUUUCAUGAAAUGGUUCUUUAAUUUUAUUCUAGCCUUGAAUAUUAUUACAACAAGGAUAUAGAAGAAAUGGCUUAAAUGAAAGCUUCUGGUAAUG